AUGAGAUCCGAGCUUCCGAGCCAAGAGCUGGACAGCGAGCGGCAGCUGGAAGGCUGCGUUGUGGAACUGCAGGACCUGUCUCGGGCCGAACUGAACGGCCAGCGCGGGCUCUGCCUGGGUGCGCCUCCUGCAACUCCUGAUCGCAUCGGCGUCCGUCUGGACGACGGCCGAGAGGUGAGUGUGCCACGGGCGAAGGCACGAGCCAUCAUCGGCUUCCGCGAGGUGGAUGGCAAGGGCAUCGGUGUCAUCGCGUUGUCCGCCAUCCCCGCAGGAGGCCUCCUCCUCCGGGAGCGUCCAGCCCUGUGCAUUGGCAGCAAAGCCCCGCGGCCGCCGGCUGCGCUGCGGAAGGCCAUCCUCGAGCUCUGCGAUGCGUAUGCGGAUCGGCCGGAUGAGAAGACUCUCGACGGCGUCUUGGCGACCAACGCAUUACCGCGUGGGGCCAAAUCCGAAGAGACUGUAUUGUGCUUGCUGGCCAGCAGAUUCAACCACAGCUGCUCUCCCAACGCGGAGUACCUGUGGGUCGAGGAAUCUCAAGUGGAGGAGGUCCGUGCCGUUCGGGCCGUUCAGCCCGGAGAAGAGCUCUGUGUCAACUACUUCGGUGAUGCUGUAAAGCUGCCCCGGCCGGCGAGACAGGAGCAGUUGCGCACUGGCUUCCGAUUCGAGUGUCGCUGCUCUGUCUGCGUGGCUGCCUCGCCGGAGUCCGAUCGUCAGCGGCAGCGGCUCACACGCCUCAGCCAGGAGAUCUUGUCCUGCUGCAAUGCUCCCGAGCGAGGGCUGCGGAUGGCUGAAGAGAUGUUGGAAAUCAUGGGUAAGGAAGGCAUCAGCGCUCCUCGAAGCGUGGCUCAAGUCUGCAACGACGGCUUCGAGCUCGCCUUACUCGCCGGCGAAGGGCAGGAGGUGCAGUACUGGGCGCACCUGUCUUACGAGGCACAUCGAUUGGGCUGGGGUGAGGCCUACGAGAUGACACGGCGGAUGCGACACUACGCCCAGCAUCCUCCCACAUUGACCGGGAGAGAAGGCCCGCACCAAUCCGCAAGGGGUACGAGCAGGCCCCUGCCCGGUGAGGAGAACCGGAGCCCAAACAUGAAGGCCGUGAACCUCCUGGAAAAAGCAGGUCCAAGCGCCAGGACAUCGUCGAUGGAUUCCAUGGACUAG